AUGCUUACCGCCAAGCAGCCUUCAACCUACGGCUACAAGUCCGUCCAUGACCUACCGACGCCGCCUUCUACCUCCCGACCUUCCCCUCCUCUCGCACACCAAGAUCAAAUCAACAGGCACCUCCCAGCCCUCCGGCGGAGUUCAAGCCCGGUAAACCACCCAAUGCCGACUUCACAUCGUGGGCUGCCGCCACCGGCAGCAAUGGCACUUCCCCCACAGCAAUCUACUUCAUCUAGCCUUCCUCAUCCUACCCAGCUCUCCGUGAAUCCACCACAGCAAACGGGGACCCCGCAUUUGUCUGGACAAUCUUGGACGACACUGCCUACACCAACCAGUACGUGGCAGGAGGAAUCGUUAAGAAACUGGCUUCAGGCGAGAUCCGAGGAAGAAAAGACUAGGCAGGAGGAAGAGAAGACCAGGCAGGAAACACUGCGUUUGGAGCAGAGAAAAAUUGAGGCCGAAAUGCUACGCCAAUCCAUUGGCGGAGGGAUUCCUCCAGCAAUGAUCCCAAUCGUGUUCGCUGGUAUGGGUGGUGGUGGUACUCUGCCUCAAACAGCAUUGGAAUGGGCGCAGCAGUUCAUGUCUUCUACACAAGGUGGUCAUCACCCUCAAUUACUGCCAGCUCAGGUACCGGUGUCACCGCGCCAUCAACGAGACCAGCAACCCCCACCGCCUGGACAAUAUGCCUCUGGAACUCCUACAGCAGCAUCAUACGGGCCUUACCCAGCGUCUCCCAGCAGAGCAAGGGCUCAGGGAACCGGGCCUCCUGUCGGCCACCCCAUGGCAACGACCUCGUCCCUACCUGCGUCUGGAGGAGUAGUGCCGCCAUCCGCCCAGCUACAACCCCAGCCUGGUCAGGAGGCGAGCCCUGGUAUCUCCUUUCACCAUUGGCAACCGCCUCAAUCAUAUGGAGGGGGUGGCACAACUCGACCAGGAAGUCCAUCUGGGGACCCUCCCAGAAAGCGUAAGGCUACGGGGCCUCAACCAGUCGGCUCGAGCUUCUCAAACGAACAGCGGUUACGAUCUCCCCCUCCGUUUUCCCAAGCGACCUCUGCAAAUCCUCCGCCUAGCCGGAAACAUCACAAGCGUCAGAAGAGCGACAUGUCUUGGUACAGUUCUUCAUUGCCUAUGCAAGAGCGAGCCGAGGAAGCAGAUCGUUCCAGGGGAGAUUCACUAGGACCUACAUCUGGACCUGCCUCGAGGCCAACCAGUUCAAGGGGAAGAUCUCGAAGUGAAGCUGGAAAGCCUUCAGUAUCGUCUCUUUUAUCGACCGAGCCCGUUGAGCGGAGGUCCCCGGGAGCUCAUCAGUAG